AUGGAGGAAGUUCAAGAGUCCCAAACCCAACCAUCGCUCGGUCAAGAAGAUGAAAAUGAAGUAAUUACUGAAAAUUCAGCAUUUGUUAAAGGGGAACCAGCUUCAGAAUUCAGUAGUAGCCCCCCAAAAGUUGACUCUGAAGUUGAGGUCCUUCAUGAGAAGGUCACCAAACAAAUCAUUAAGGAAGGGCAUGGCCAGAAGCCUUCGAAAUAUUCAACUUGUUUUUUCCAUUACAGGGCUUGGUCUGAGAAAACACAGCACAAGUUUGAAGACACAUGGCAGGAGCAAAGGCCAGUUGAGAUGGUCUUGGGAAAAGAGAAGAAAGAAAUGACUGGGUUGGGCAUUGGUGUGGCAAGCAUGAAAUCUGGGGAGCGUGCAUUGGUGCUUGUGGGCUGGGAGUUAGGAUAUGGAGAGGAAGGAAGCUUUUCUUUUCCAAACGUUCCACCCAUGGCAGAUUUAGUUUAUGAAGUUGAGCUCAUUGGCUUUGAUGAAACAAAAGAAGGGAAAGCUCGCAGUGAUAUGACUGUGGAGGAAAGGAUUGGUGCAGCAGACCGGAGAAAGAUGGAUGGAAAUGCUUUAUAUCAGGAAGAGAAACUAGAGGAGGCUAUGCAACAGUAUGAAAUGGCCAUAGCGUAUAUGGGAGAUGACUUCAUGUUCCAGUUGUUUGGGAAAUAUAGAGAUAUGGCUCUGGCUGUAAAGAAUCCAUGCCAUCUUAACAUGGCAGCUUGUUUGAUUAAGCUGAACCGUUAUGAAGAAGCUAUAGGACAAUGCAGCAUUGUACUGGGUGAGGAUGAGAACAAUGUGAAGGCAUUAUUUAGGCGAGGUAAGGCUAGAGCAGCACUUGGGCAAACGGAUGCUGCCAGAGAAGAUUUUCUAAAGGCCCGUAAAUAUGCCCCUCAAGAUAAAGCAAUUGCAAGAGAAUUGAGAUUGCUUGCUGAGCAUGACAAGGCCGUUUACCAAAAGCAGAAAGAGAUAUAUAAAGGAAUAUUUGGACCAAGGCCUGAACCAGUUCCUAAGUCAAGAAACUGGAUCAUACUUAUUUGGCGGUGGUUCCUUUCAGUAUUCAAUGGCCUUGUCAGUCUCUUCAAACGUGAAAGGAUUAAAUCUGACUAA